ACAGAAGCAGAGCAAUUGAAGUGUGGUGGCAUGUGGAGGUGGCACGACUGAGUGGAGAUGGUGACGUAGGUCCCAUGGCAGUUCAAUGCGAACCGUUCUGUUGGUCGGAAGAUGAAACGGGAACAAGCUGCAAGCAUUCAUCAGUCCUCCGCAGCACUUGGCAGAUCGUGAGCUUUCAGCCCAUGUUCAACACCUUCCGAUUAGAUCAGUAGGAGUCAAGUUGUCCAAUGGACAUUGAGAAGGAUACAAGUCUGUUUACCGCUGAUAACUUAGCAGGACGCCAAAUCUUGGAUUUUCCCUCAUCAGGACAAUGUUUUGCACUUGUGACUAAUCGACUCUAUCAGGGAAAGGAGUCUGUGAUCAGCUCAGUUCAUACCAAAGUGAAAGGAGUGUCCCAGGCUGGCUCCAGAAUCUGGGACACGGCAGAGUAUACCAUUCCCAUGCAGGGAAGAGACACUUUCUUCGUGAUAACCAACAUCAUUACCACAGAAAAACAGACUCAGCGCGUUUGUCCGGAGUACCCUAUUGCCAAAUAUGUCUGCUCUUCAGACAAACACUGUGUACAAGGGCGUACAGAUUCCCUGAGCAACGGAAUUCAGACAGGAAAGUGUGUACAGUAUAAUGCAACUAUUAAGACCUGUGAAGUCUCUGCCUGGUGCCCUGUGGAAUCAGUAAAAGGUGCCCCAACGCCUGCCCUUCUAAGGAGUGCUGAAAACUUCACAGUACUAAUAAAGAACAACAUCCACUUUCCAAAAUUUAAUUAUACUGCAAAUAAUAUUUUACCAAAAUUCAAUAUUACAUGCACAUUCAACAAGAUUACUGCACCCACCUGUCCCAUUUUCCGGCUGGGAGAUAUUCUCCAAACAACAGGAGAGAAUUUUUCAGACAUGGCAGUUCAGGGUGGAAUCAUGGGUAUUGAGAUUAACUGGGACUGUAACCUGGACAAAUGGUUCCACCGCUGCAGUCCAAAGUACAGCUUUCGUCGCCUCGAUGACAAAACCACCAAAGACUACCCUGGUUACAACUUCAGGUUUGCAAAGUACUUCAAGGACGCCAAUGGCAAGGAGGAGCGGACGCUAAUCAAGGCCUAUGGAAUACGGUUUGACAUCCUCGUCUUUGGCACAGCUGGAAAAUUUGACUUUGUUGAGCUGGUGGUGUACAUCGGGUCGACCCUCUCCUACUUCGGCUUGGCUGUGUUCAUCAUCGAUUUUCUUAUUACUUCAAACAUUUUUCCCUGCUGCAAAUCACCUGUCAAGGAAUAUUACUACAGGAAGAAGUAUGAGACUAUGCCGGGACCAAAAGCGACGGUGAUAUAUGUGUCAUAUGUUGAUAAGCCACACGUGAUUCUGGUAGACAAGCCACUGGACAAGAGUCUGCAGAAUAUUAAGGGUCAAGCUCUUGAGUUGCAGAUAUACCCUGAGGAGUUUACUGAUACUACCAAGCACUCCAGUCAGGCCUCUGCCCUUGCCAAAGCCCAAGAGCUGCAACCUCUUCAAAGUAAAGGGCAAGAAGCUUCCUCCUCCCACAGGCUCCCGUCUUGGUGCUGCUGUGGGAAAUGCCAGCAAACAGAGGCAUUAUGGGAACAGCUCUGCUGCCGAAGAAAAAAUGGGACAUGCAUUACAGCCUCUCCUUUAUUUGAGCAGCUUGUUCUUUCCAGAUCCACACUGGAGUUUACCCUGCUCUACAAAGAGCCCUUGUUGGACUUGAAUACUGAGACCCUCAAUAACCGGCUCCGUCACUGUGCUUACAAACAGUAUAUUCACUGGCGUUUUGGCUCUGCAGAGUUGGCAGGCCGAGCUCUGAUCCCGAGUUGCUGCAGGUGGAAGAUCAGGGAAGCAUAUCCCAGUGAAGACGGCAAGUAUUCUGGUUUCAAAAAGAGAUGAGGAGCUUACCUUUCCUAAGCCUCUGAUGCAGCUCUAGCCCUACAAUGCAGCUUGUUUUGCACAACUAAGCCUCCUUUCUAUUUCAAAGCAUUUUCCAACUGAAAUUUGUUUACUUAUACUUCACUGCUGCAUGAAUAAAUUCUCUACCCGGUGGCAUCUGUGAGGCAGUACUGUUAUCUUCUGCUUAGCGCAGGUGCUGGCAGUCAGGAGUCUUGGGUUCAGUUCCUCACUCAGCAGACUUGGACAAAGAAUGCAGGCCAUCAUUUGCAGACGUGACCUCAGGUGUUGGGUGCCCAAUGUGGCAGAGAUUUAGAGCAGUGGGCAUGGUAAGGGAAGUCAAAAGGUACUCUGCAUCUUUAGAAAUCAGACUGCACCAACAGUCAUCUCAAGAUGGGAGCUGAACAGUUAAGGAAGCCAAAAAUAGAUGGCACUUGAAAUCUGACCCUUCUUUCUCCAUCUGGAUCAUGGGAGUAAUUCUUACCUACCUUAAGAAAGAGUUCUGGAGCCUUAGAGGAAAGAUGCUAUAAAACGGAGAGUAUUCAUGUCAUUGGUCUGCUGAGACCCAGACACUAUCAGUCCUUUGUCACACAAGUAGUCCUGCGGAGAGACAGCUGACAGGAUCAGGCCCCUGAAUAUGUAUUUUCUGGAGAAAGCUGUGCCACAACUCUGCUACCUCAGGCUUGUUCAGCUUUGCAGUUGGCCCAAGGCUAUGUCUAUCCUCAGCUGCCUUUGCAUGCAGAACUUAUGGUGGCAGACAAGCCACCCCCGCAAGCUGCCAGAGUACAUACGUGUCCACUUGCUUCUGGUAGCUUCACAUGGCUCCACUAUAAAGCUUUGGGAGGCCACCAGCUGCUGGGUAGACCAGGGCCAGGGCUGUCUCCAGUUCUGCCGGCAAAACGCUGUAGUGUGAACUAGGCUGAAGAUGCUACCAGAGAAAUGAGCUUCCUCUGGGUGAGGUUAGUAACACAGACAGUGCAUUUUUAACCAUACGGUUAUCUCAGUGGUGCCCCAUUAAGCAUGAACUCAGGAAUUGCAAUGAAUAACAUUUUUCCUGCUUUCUUACCU